AUCAUAUUUUGAUACUUUUCAAAAUCGAUUCAAUAAGUUUAAAAAGGUCUUUAAAAAACGAUAUUUCUGGAAAGAAAACCUUAUUUUCAAAAAAAGAGACCCUUAUGUUAACUCAUAAUUUUAUUUUAAUAAUUUUAAAGAUACUUUAAACACAGUAAAUUCAUUUACUUCUCUGGACUCUGGAGCUGGUGAUUUGAGUUACUCAAAUCAUUCUCAUUCAUCUCUCUCCCGAUGGCUCAAAGAUUCAUGGAAACUUACGGUUAUGAUAUGAUUUUGGGCUCAAUUGCUGCGUUUUAUGUGGUUAUGAUACCCUACACCAAGGUUGAAGAAAGCUUUAAUGUCCAGGCUAUGCAUGACAUUUUGUAUCACCAACAUCACAUUGAGAAUUACGAUCAUUUGGAUUUCCCUGGAGUUGUUCCUCGCACAUUCAUUGGUGCAUUACUGGUAUCAAGUUUGGCAUCUCCGCUCAUAUAUGUGAUGAAUUUGUUGCAGUUACCUAAGAUUUAUGGUCUUUUGGCAGUUCGUUUGGCAUUAGGCUGCAUCAUAUUGUUGACAUUACGGUUUUUCCGUGUCCAGAUUAGAAACAAGUUUGGCCGUCAAGUUGAAGCUUUCUUUGUGAUAUUUGUCUCCAUCCAAUUUCAUAUGUUGUUCUACUGCACACGCCCUCUUCCUAAUAUUCUGGCAAUGGGUUUAGUUAAUAUGGCAUAUGGAUAUUGGUUCAAAGGGAGUUUUUAUGCAGCCUUAAAUUGUCUGAUUUUUGCUACAGUAGUCUUCCGAUGCGACAUACUGCUGCUGCUCGGUCCUCUUGGCUUAGAACUCUUGCUGACAAAUUCAAUUUCAUUCUGGAAAGCACUCAGGUACUGCAUUGGAGCUGCCUUGUUUUCCAUAGGUCUUACGGUAUUAGUUGACUCAUUUUUAUGGAGGAAGCCAUUGUGGCCCGAAUUUGAAGUUUUUUGGUUCAAUUCUGUUUUGAACAGGAGUUCCGAGUGGGGUACACAAUCCUUCCACUGGUACUUCAGUUCUGCGCUUCCACGGUCCUUGCUUGCUGCAUAUCCUCUUUUUGCGUUAGGAGUUUUACUUGAACGGAGGCUUUUAUUUUAUGUUCUUCCAGUUUUUUCGUUCAUAUUACUUUACUCAAAGCUUCCACACAAGGAGCUCCGGUUCAUUAUUAGUUCUAUUCCAAUAUUUAAUUUGUCAGCAGCAGUUGCAGCUAGUCGAAUCUACAACAAUCGGAAGAAGAGUCUCUGGAAUCUGCUUUAUAUCGUGAUGCUUGGAUUGCUCAUUAUCAGUCUCGGAGGCACUAUGACAACUUUUAUGGCAUCGUAUGAAAAUUACCCAGGUGGCAGUGCCUUAAAAGAAUUGCAUAAUUUUGGUUAUGUCACCAACAGUACAGAUGAAGUGCGAGUUCACAUAGAUACGUUCUCUGCAAUCAAUGGAGUAUCCAGAUUUUGUGAAAAUGGUUUCCCAUGGAGGUAUUCUAAAGAAGAGGAGAUACCUUUGGAUGAAUACUGUCACAGAAAUUUUACGUAUCUUCUGAAUGAGCACCACAAUAUUAAAGGAUUCAAGUGCUUAUUUUCUGUAAAUGGUUUCUCGCGUCUUCGACUUCAAACUGGUUUUCCACAGGUUUCACUGAUCACAGAGCCAAAAGUGUAUGUUCAUGGAAGUAUUACAAACAAGUACAUCACCCAUCAAAAUUGGCCAGGUUGUAUAUAAACUGGCCAAUAAAAAGGUGAUGCCAGCGACGUGUCUGCGAAUAUCCCGUCUUCACCAAGUGCCCAAGAGAGCUUCAGCAUGAUAACACAAUUUCUUGUGAGACUACAACGUUUAUGGGAUUACUGCCCAGCUGACUGAUGCUGAUCUGAAAUGACUGGGUGAUGACGGUAAGUGCUAAAACAAACCUUCAACAGAGCAGUUGACUGUCUUGUUCUUUAUAAGGAUUCAAGCUCCUAUACUUCUUUGUAUGUUCUAUAGUCUAUACCAUACAUAAGAUAAUUUGUGCAAGUAAAGUGUUGUCUUAUUGUUAGCUCCUGAUAUAGGAAAGUAGUGUACUUAAAUGGUAGGUAUCAGGCACCAGUACAACAUUGUACAUUUGUUGUUUUACUAUCAAAAUGUUGUAUACUAUACUCUUAUGCCAUAAUUAUACACCCAAUGUUUGUUAA